AUGUUGUCGCUCCUACUGGCAUUAUGUUUAACUGGUGCUGGUUUUGCUGUUACACGUUCAGCACCAGUGAAACGAGUCGAAGAAAUUGUUGCAACAACAAAUGCUUUACACGCGGAUAUGGUAGCUAUUUCUGGUGACUUAUUUGAUGGAUUCCUGUCAAAUUUGGUGCAACCGACUCUGCCAUUAGCAAAAUUGAAAUCAAAAUAUGGUGUCUAUUAUGCCACGGGUAAUCAUGAAUACUACUAUGGUGACACGAACGAAUGGUUGCAUUAUUUCACGACGAAGUUUAAUAUCACCGUUCUGCACAAUACAAAUCGUAAUCUCUGUUCUAGAAGCGGUGAUUGUAUUUGUGUUGCAGGUGUAGAUGAUUUUUUCACAGAAAAACUCCGGAUCCCUGAUCAUCAUAUGGAUGCAGAAAGUGCAUUGAGUGGUUGCAGUGAGACAGAGCCUGUAAUACUGCUGGUACAUCAACCAAAUGGUGCUUCUAAAAUUUUACGUAGUAUUAAGAAACGUAUCGAUUUGAUUUUAUCAGGACACACACAUGCUGGGCAGUUUUACAUCAUAUGGUUGCUUGCAUAUCUGGAGAAUGACUUCCUAUAUGGGCAUUACAAAAUAAAAAAUCGAGACACGCAAAUUUAUGUAUCAUCUGGUGUGAAUUACUGGGGUCCACCAGUAAAAAUGUUAAAUUUAUGUGAAAUAACUUUACUGACGUUACGUGCGUGAGCGUAGAAUAUGUGAUAUGGUAUAAUAUAUGGUAUAAUGUACAUGGAAUAUAUAUUGGAAUAUAUGGAAUAUAUAUUAUAUAGAAU